UCUGACUGUCUGUGCAGGACUGUGCGCCGUGCGGGACUGGACGCAGCCAGUCGAAUUUAAUUUGUGAUCGUGUAAAUUUACAGUUUUUUAUUUAAAAUACUCUUAAAUCUUUUGAAUUUGUAAGUUUCCAAAGUGUUUCGUCCAUCCUUAAGUUACUUUGAGGCCAAGCCCGAGCCCUAUAAAAUGACAAGGGCGAAGAUUGAACUCGGUGAUGUUACACCUCACAAUAUUAAACAACUAAAGUUACUUAAUCAAGUCGUGUUCCCAGUAUCAUACAAUGAGAAGUUUUACAAAGAUGUUUUGGAAGCUGGAGAACUUGCAAAGUUAGCAUAUUAUAACGACAUAGUGGUGGGCGCCGUUUGCUGUCGAGUGGACACAUCAGAAAACUCUAGAAGGCUGUAUAUAAUGACCCUGGGAUGUUUAUAUCCUUAUCGCAGGCUAGGAAUCGGAACUGUAAUGGUUCAACAUGUUUUAAAUUACGUUCAGAAGGAUGGCAAUUUUGAUUCAAUUUUUCUGCAUGUACAAGUAAAUAAUGAAGGUGCUAUUGACUUCUACAAAAAAUUUGGAUUCGAAGUCGUAGAAACUAAAAAUCAUUAUUACAAGCGAAUUGAGCCAGCGGACGCUCAUGUUUUGCAAAAAACUUUACGACCACACAACUCCACUAAUCAUCAAUUGAAUACCCAAUAAGCAUUUUAAUUCAGCCAUCACCAAAUGUUGUUCCAUUUUCAACAAUUGUACAAAUUACCAAUAAAAUUUCGUUUCCCCUAGUUAA